UUCAAUCCUGUCCAAAUCAAACAAAAACAUAUUUACAUGCCCAAAGCGCUAAUGUGAGAACAAACAUAAAAAACAAAAUCCUACAUUAGUGUGGACACUGGUGGAUUUAGGGGCAGUUUGGUGGAUUGGAGAGCCAUUAGGCCGCACAGCAAAUGGCCUUUUAAGGUUGAGUGUAUUGACAGAGAGGAGAGGAGCAAACACACCACAUGCCUGAAAACACCAGCUCUUCAUUAGUAACCAUACAAGCUGAGGAAGAAUUACCAACACACACACACAAAACAAUUUUGACUCAUAGCUGUCCACACACACACACACAUGCAGGGUUAGAGAGUGUCAGCAGAACUGGUCACAUGUUUUCCAAAGUUCAUCAUCCUCAGCAUGUAUGGGGUUUGAUGAUGAGACAAAAACAUGGUUAAUGCCCCUCUGAGAUAAUAAACCCACAAUCAAGUGUACAAACACUAAAUUAAUGGAUUAAGACGUGCUGCUUCAAGGCCAAGAUAGCGUCGGGGCCAUGUCUUUCUGCGAUGACACGCUCCUGUGUAACUUCCCAAAGUGUCGCACCAAGCUGAGCGGCUUUGCCUGGGUCACAGCUUGCUCGCAUGUCUUCUGUGAUCAGCACGGGUCCGGUGAGUUCAGCCGCUCCCCCGCCAUCUGCCCGGCCUGCUCCUCUGCGCUGUCAGGGAAGCUGGACAUUGUGAGGACAGAGCUGUCGCCAUCUGAGGAGUACAAAGCCAUGGUGCUGGCAGGCCUGCGACCAGAUGUGAUUCUGGACAUCAGCGCCCGAGCUCUGGCCUUCUGGAGCUAUCAGGUCCAUCAGGAGCGCAUGUUUCAAGAGUACAGUUUGUCUCGAGCGGAGGCCCAGCUGAAGCAGAUGGAUAAAGUGGUGACUCAGCAGAACCAAAGCAGAGAGGUGGAGCUCUCCGGCAUGAGGGGGGAAAUCGCUUCCCUGAAAAAAGUGAUGGAGGAGUAUAAAAGGAAGUACAGCGAGGUUUCUGAGAGGCUGAUGGAGAGAAACAGGCAGUACCAGAAACUGCAGGGGCUGUACGACUCUCUGAGGCUGCGUAACAUGGUGGUGGGUGCGGGGGACAGAGACAUGCUGCCACAACCAGGACGGAACGACUAUAACAUCGGCGUGGCUCGGCAGGGAACUCCCCAGAGGAGCCCACAGUUCCUCUCCGUGGCCCCCGGUGGGGACGGGCGGUUCUUCUCCUGCCUGGAGGCUGACGGAGCAAAAAACUUCUUCCAGUACAGCUCCCCCGCCAGGGAGAGAGGCCGGCCCUACAUCAACAAGCACUGAGACGGCCACAACUGUUGAACUUAACUCCACUUAUUUAAAAAUGCUAAGUUGUUCUAAUAUUUAUUUCUGUUGGCAGUGUUUGCCCUGAGUGCAUUUUUGUAGUUUUUUUCUGUGAUUUUGAACUAAACUAGGAGGAAAUCCUAUAUUCAACCUUCUAAAAAGUGUGUUAAGAAGUACUUGGCAAGACAUUGUAAAAACAACAUAAACUGUUUCCUGCCUUACA